AUGGCCGCCGUUUCCGACUCUAAAAAGAACGACGAGCAGACGAUCAAGGUUGCAUCGAAGAAGGACCCCAAGAACAAGCCCGACGGCCCUAUCAAGCUCAAGAAACCUGCUCCAAAGUACAACAAGCCUGGAAAUUGGAGAGAGGGAAGCAUUGUUGAAGAAGACAAGAAAUCAAAGAAAGACGAUUCCGCAUCGAUAUCUGUCGCUUCUCCCGGACCCGUCGUUAACCCGCUCGAUGACAUCGCGCGUGAAGCCUUUGCUACCGGCCGACCGCUGGAGGAUACCCCGGACCUACAACAAUGCAAGCACUGCAAGAAAAGCAUCCUCAAGACAGCCGCCAAGGCCCACAUCGCCGCUUGUCUCAAAUUGAAGAAGGAGAAGGCCCAGCGGAAAAAAGAGGCGAGAGAGGCGCGCGAGCGGGCCAAGGAGGCUGCACGUGAAGAAGAAGCCAGAAAGGCAGACGAGGAUCCUGAUGGCAAAGGCGAUGAUGAUAGCGACGGUGAUGAAGACGGCGAAGGCAAAAAGGCCACCGGCAAUAAAACUGCAAAGAAGACAGGGGGAAAGAAAACCGAUGGUGAUACCGGCAAGGGCAAGAAGCGCAAGGCAGACGGAGACGCAGAGAAGGGGCCUAAGCAGAAAAAGAAGAAGGAAGAACCGAAACCAAAGGCCCCCAAACCGAAAGGUCCCGUGGACGUCGAACGACAGUGUGGUGUUCUGUUGCCCAACGGGCAGCCUUGCGCAAGAUCUCUUACGUGCAAGAGUCAUAGCAUGGGCGCAAAACGUGCCGUCGCGGGUAGAUCUCUUCCUUAUGACAUGCUUCUGGCGGCGUACCAGAAGAAGAACCAGGCCAAACAGCAGAAGGCUGCCCUCGAUGCCAAUGCUCCACUAGAGGAUGAAGAUGAAGCCAAUGCUGGGCCGGUCGACUCGGACGAAGAGACGGCCGCUGUCAUGGGUGCGCUGGCGCACUGGAACCCGCAACCUGUGGUGCCGCAACCAGUACUUAUACCCAUCAAAAGGCAGUACCAGUUAGCCAGACUUCACGAGCAGCUGCAAAUGGCGACAAACGGUGGAAGAACGAACAUUUUCAAAGUCGACGGCUUUGGGGCACAGAGACUGCCCCAAGGCCAUCCAGGACUUAACGACACGGAGGACGCACCCGGCGAGCUUGACGACGUGAACUUUGGAGGCGCCCGUAGGUCAUCUAGCUUCAGCAUGCAAAGCCAUCCUCAACGACGGCCAUCUGUAACAAGCAGAGGAUAG